GACGCCAGGCUGCCACCACUCUGUAGCAGUGAGUGGCUGCAACAAAAAGCACAGAAUAACAUCCCUGACUCCCCGCUCUGCUUUUUUUCUCUCUCCCUGCGUCUCGGCUAGCAGAGGAGUGCUCCGCGCACAGCUCUGCAGAGGCUAUGCUGAGACUGAGCCGGCGUCGUAAGCAGGAUCUCUGGCUGCCAUCAACAAGUUAGGGUCGGAAGAACACAGCCAUGAAGAGGACGGCUUGAUCUCCAAUUGACUGUCUAAGCCGACACCAUUGCGGUGGAAGGGAAACAAAAGGGUAAAAAAAAGAAAAAGAAAAAACGGAGAGGAGGGGGGGUCUGUUCAACGGAGUCGCUCUGGAUGCAACUGAUCAACUUAAAAAAAAAAAAAUUAAAUAAUUAUUUCCAGGAUUCGUGGGAUGAAGGAAAAGAUUCAACCCUUUCUCUGAGGACGGAUUUUCAAGGACUCUAAGCAAAAUAAGAGGAAUAAUCUUCAUCUUGGGACAUGGAAUUUCAUAUUUUGUUUCAACUAGGUGGGCUCAGAAUUGCUUUAUUUCCAAAGAAGCUGAUUCCUUUUGUGCUUACUCAAAAGGGUUUUUUCCCUUUGGAUUUUUCUUCCAUCUGGUUGCUCCAAGAGUCUGCGGAAAAGGACAGUUGAAUGCAGCCUCCGAUGUGCACAAAAGAAUGGGUUUCCAUUCAAGGUGGCCAUUGGUGGGACCUGCACCAGCGGCUCUGUGUCUGUGUGUGAUCAGCAUGCUCCUAGUGUGCCUGCUGCCUCCUGCAUCGUGCACGACCUGCCCUCAAAAAUGCCGCUGUGAGGACCUGCAGUUCUACUGCGACACCCAGGGGCUUCAGGCACCCCCAGAUGGUGUGGACAAAGGGGCCCUGGGGUUGUCGCUACGCCACAAUAGCAUCACUGAGCUCAGCCCUGAUCAAUUCUAUGGCUUCAGCCAGCUCACAUGGCUACAUUUAGACCACAACCAGAUUACAACAGUACAAGAGGAUGCCUUUCAAGGGCUCUACAAGCUGAAGGACCUCAAUCUGAGCUCCAAUCGUAUCACCAAGUUGCCCAACACAACCUUCAUCCACCUCAUCAACCUCCAGAUACUGGACCUGUCUUUCAAUCAGAUGACUGCAUUGGAACCAGAACUGUUUCAUGGACUGAGGAAACUCCAGAUACUCCACCUCCGCUCCAAUUUACUCCGCACCACACCUGUACGGGCAUUCUGGGACUGCCGCAGCCUGGAAUAUCUGGGCCUAAGCAGCAACCGUCUACGGAGUCUGGCCCGGAAUGGAUUUGCUGGGCUCAUUAAGCUCAAAGAACUCCACUUGGAGCACAAUCAGCUGACCAAGAUAAACUUGGCCCAUUUCCCUCGCCUUGUUGCCCUCCAGUUUCUGUUUCUGCAGUGGAAUAAAAUCAGCAACUUAACAUGUGGCAUGGAGUGGACCUGGACCACUCUAGAGAAACUGGACCUGACAGGAAAUGAGAUCCGUGUCCUGACAUCUGAUGUGUUUCAAACGCUGCCAAAUUUAAAGAUUUUGCUGCUGGAUAACAACAAACUAAGCAGUCUGGAUCCCACAGUCAUGGAUAAGUGGCAGUCUCUUGGUACUAUUGGGCUGUCAAGCAACUAUUGGGAAUGUACCAAAAGUAUUUGCUCUCUGGCCACGUGGCUCAGCACCUUUAAGGGAAGGUGGGAACAUUCCAUCCUCUGCCAUAGUCCUGAAUAUGCACAAGGAGAGGAGAUACUUGACGCUGUUUAUGGAUUCCAGCUUUGCCAGAAUUUCUCAGCGCCGGUUGUUCAAACCAUUAGUACAACCACGGACGCUACUAUAGCUGCAGAGAUGACAAGCUCCCUGUUUGGAAUUAUGCAGCCUACCCCCACGCAGGACUAUGCAGAGGAUUUUGGGAGCUUUACCACAGUCACUACCACAACAACCACAACAACACCACCACGCACUGCUCAAGCAACCACUGCUACAAUGGAAGAGGCAGCUGUAACAGAGGACUUCUCUGCAAUGGACAACACUGUAAUGACUCAUAGGGUUAUCAUUGGAACUAUGGCCCUUCUAUUUUCAUUCUUUUUCAUAAUUUUCGUCGUGUAUAUCUCACGGAAGUGCUGCCCGCCCACCCUGCGCAGGAUACGCCACUGUUCGGCUAUUCAGAACCGCAGACAGAUGAGGACCCAGCAGCGGCAGCCUAUGGCAGAUCUAGCUACACAGGUACCCUAUAAUGAGUAUGAGCCCAGCCAUGAAGAAGGGGCACUCGUGAUCAUAAAUGGCUAUGGGCAGUGCAAGUGUCAGCAACUGCCUUACAAAGAGUGUGAAGUAUGAACUCUUAUUUAUUCCUAGAGCAUAUGGUUUGCCAUUUGACCAUUUCAGAUGAUACAGGGUUUGCUUUUUUUGUUUGUUUUUUUUCCAGUUUAUGUAAAAAGCAUAAUUUCUACAAGUGAGAUUUAAGAAUAUGUGAGAAAUGCCGAGUGCUACAGUGACAGAGGUUGGACAUGACAGUUUAGGGAUGGUGUAGAGAUAGUCACACAUUUAUUUUUCUAUGAAUGCAAAGUUGUUCAUAUCAGGCAGGGGCAAUCAUUUUAAACAAGAAAAUUGUAUAACUGAGAUUUGUCUCCACAUUGUCACUAUAUUCUGGAGCACAGAGAAAAUACUUAGCCAAAUGGCCCUCUGCUAACAGAAUACAUUAAGUGGAGAAAUGUGAUUUAUGUCUCAUUUCUUUUUAAAAGUAAAUGUCUGAAAUCAUGUUUCUAACUGCACCACAGGCACUGUAAGCCAAUCACUCAAUCACUAGGGCAUUUGAAUCGGAUCAAUCAUAAUGUCUUUGUUUUUCAGUUUCAUUGUUUAAAGAGAACUAUUAUACAUUAAAAAGGACCCCAAGACCAAAACUCUGAAUUAUAUCCGAAAAAUAAAUGUCAUUACUGUUUCGUUACAAAUAAUAUAAAUCUUCUUGAGGAGACAAUAACCAUGAAAUUCGGUUAAGUAUCCACACAUGUAUAUUACAUUUACCAAAUGAAUCAAUUAGGUGGGUUUAUAAUCUUCCAUCAGAUCAAAGGCCUCUCAGUGCUUGUUGUUUACAGAACUCAUACGGGGGGGGCCAUCCCCCCAAAAAACAGCUGUCCUUAGCUAAAAAAGGAACUCUUGUUUAAAUCUGAAUUUCUUACAAAAUGUAUUCUUUUUAAAAAUGCAACCACAAGUGUAUACUGAUUGAAAAGA